AUGUCUGUUCACAGACGACAGUCCUCACUAAACUCAGGUUCGACGAGCACCUCCAGCGUCACCUCGGGUACAUCUCCGUCCAGCGCGAAUACCUCGACCAGCGCUCUUGCCGCCGCCUUCUCCUUCGCCGGCCUCAACUUCAGGUCCCAUACCUCGAAAGCGGCCCUCCUAACGCUCACGCCUCAUCAUUUGUUCUACCUACUCUCUAGAAUGGAAGAGCUGGAUAUUGUGGUCGGCCCAAUGAACGUUCGUUUCGAGAACCUCAACAGUGACCCUUCUCCCUCCAACUACGUAUCGUUUUUGCAGUCACACAAGCCAGCCCCAGGUCGCAGCGACAAAGACUCCAUUCAUUCUGUUUCUAGCAUGCGCAGUGUCAUGUCUGGAAUGAGCACAUUCUGGUCAUCCAUCGGGCUUGGAGGAAGCUCGUCCAAAAGUGAGAAAGCAAAGGCGCUGACGGAGGGGGAUCUCACAUAUCUGUAUUCUGCCUUUACGAAACUUCCUUCCUUGCGGGUCACCACGGAUCACCGAGCACGAUUGAUCAAAGGCUACGAAGAAUUCCCCUUCGAUACAGCAGUUCCAUUAUUUGCGUUCAAGAACAUUCAGCAGCUGGAUAUUGUGGACAUUGAUUUCCGCCAAUUCUAUGGCUGGGAUCGGUUGGCUGAGCAGUUGACGUUGUUGACUCUCAAACGUGCCAACGUCGACGACCCCAUCGAACUAUUGACCAAUAUCGUGCUUGACGACGCCGAGAAGCGCCGAAGACGAUCGACGAAAGGUGGUCGGGGAUCUCCCACGCCGACCGCCUCCUGGACGGUGCCGUCAACACCUCGAGCUGACUAUGCACAUUCACACUCCGAACCUGCGUCGCCUGCCGGAGGCAGUCUCAAUCAUGAAGACUACCUCGAGUCCCCGCACAGGGACAAGCAAUUCUCUGGGAGCGUGUCUCCAAAGCGGCCUAGCCCAUCUCGACCGGCCAGCUCGUACAGGCAUGUUCGCUCAUAUUCCUCUAAGGUGAAGAGGUCUGGGUCAGGCAGCUCCAACUCGAGCGAGUACUCUGUCCAGCCAAAUCGCAGCGACAGCACCUCAAGCCUUUUAAGCUUGAACACCCUACCUGCGUCCAAAUGGCAAAGGCUGAAGUACCUGUCCCUUGCGGACAACUCACUGACCACUAUAUCAGCAAAAAGUCUGGCUCCAGUAGCGACGACCCUCCGUUCCCUUAACCUAUCCUCCAACCUCUUUGCAGAGAUACCUGACAGUCUUGCCUGUCUGACUCGACUCGUUUCUCUCGAUCUGUCAAAUUGCAUGAUCGGGUCCCUGCAGUCUCUGUCGAGGUCUCCGUUACCCGCAGUUUCGACGAUCAACCUCAAAGCAAAUCGACUUCGGUCUUUGGCCGGCGUUGAACGUCUUCUCUCACUCGAGCAGUUGAAUGUACAGGACAAUCAGCUCUCUGAUCCAAUGGAAAUGGCCAGGCUCACUUGUAUUCCCAACCUGAAGCGGAUCUGGGUGAAGCGUAAUCCUUUCACCAAAGCCCACUCCGACUACCGGGUAACAGCCUUCAACUUGUUCAGAAAGACUCCUGGUUAUGUGGAAGACAUUGUCAUUGACGAUUCGGGGCCUGGAUACUCGGAGCGCAAGCAGCUGGUUGAACGAGCGCCAGAGAUCGAGAGAGACCUCUCGCAGACUUCUAUUCGAAUCGCUGAGCUGCCCGUCAUAGUCCAGCCAGUCGGUGACACGAAGUCAAGUCCGGCGCUGCCGGUCGAGGCUGCCACAAACUCUAUUCGACGGAAAAAGGCCCCACGACGAAGAAUCGUGGAUCUGGCCAAGGAUGAGACUUUUGCCCGCAGUGAAGUUCCUGAUGACAAUGCCACGGCCCACCUGCCCCCGGACUCCAAUGCCACGGUGCCGACUGGUAUGCCAGCUAGUCGCGAUCACCUGCCACCACGUCGUGACGCAGAGGAAACCCUGGCCGAUGAGUUGAAAGACGACUCCAGAAAGGCAUUGUCGUUCCACCUUGACGACGAGCUUGCUCAGCAAGAUGAGUACCGAGGUAAAAUCGAGGCACUUCGACAAGAGUUUGGUAACAAUUGGCUCAGUGCUCUUGGGGACCAGAGCAAUUGGCACAACAAUCAUCACCUGGAAGUGGCGCAGGGACAAAUACUUGGAAAUGGUUCUUUGCACCAGACAGGCCCCCAAGUCAUUGUCAGCGGCGGACGAACCUUGGGCUGA